AUGUCUGCAAACAGUCGCCGCAUCAGCUCGCCGUCACGAUCUCCGAGACCAGGCAGCCUCACAAGUCAGAUCUCAUCAAUAGGCGCAAAGAUCAAUGGAGCCUUCAGUGGGGGAAGAGACUCUGACUCGAUAAACAGCGCUAGUACGGUUGUUGCUGAAGGAGCAAACGCACGUUCCAUAUCGAGAGGCCGACAAGGAUUUAGCUCAUCGGGGAGAGGAGGACUUGGCAAUAUUCACGAGAAUGGGGCUGGCUAUGAAGAGCCCAUUGUAAGAGGAAGAGAAAGAAUAAAAGUCGCUACCAUCCCACAGCCCGCAUUCUCAACCGGUCGUGGAGGAUUGGGAAACAUGCGUGCGCCUUCUGUGGAACCAGUGACGAGCGAUGCUGCGUCUUCCAAAAGUGCACCGACCCUCCCAACUUCUGUAACGGUAUUAGCGAUGCCCGGGAAAUAUUCGCGUUCACUUUCAAGAGGUUCACCGGUGGUAUCUACUGGAAGAGGUGGAGCAGGGAACAUCAGGAACCCUCCUUCAGGAACUAGUCCCCAUCGCCGGACACCAUAAACUUUUCGAGGCUUUGAAACGACUUCGACGACACACACAGUUCUUUUUUCAGGUAAUCAUUAGUCUCCAGUGCAACAACAUGUACUAGCUAGGGUUCCGAGCUUACACACGAACGCUCGCUGCGCUCGGAUAUGUUCCUGCCCUUCACCCACCUAGGCGGGGCUUCGCCCCUGCGUGACCCCAUCGCCUUUUUUUUUCUUGAGAAAUAUGCACUGCACGUGGGAGUGGGCAAUUCCCACUAGCCUCGCGUCCGACUUACCAAUACACACAGCCACUCAAAACAUGUCCGUCGCUCGUUCCAAGCUCGUUCCAGCGCUAGUGCAAUGCCUUGUACUGCUGAACCGGCCUUGAAUACAAUUUUCUCACAUAUGAAGACUAUAUGAAUGUUUAUCUAUAGCUGAAGGGACUUGUGAGGGGGGGUAAACAGUAGUGCUUUGCACAAAGGACGCAUCAUGACGCGCCA